GAAAAUAAAAAUAGCACUUGGACUCAAGAGGAAAUGGACACGCUGUAUUGGUAUUAUGUUCAGAGCAAGAAAAAUAAUGAUGUUGUUGGAAAAAUUGUGAAAUUGUUUGGCAACAAUGGCAACAAACAGAAAUCGAGGAUAUCGAUAAUACAACAGCUAUUGCAACAGGACAUAAUAACCCUUGUCGAAUACGACGAUUUAAUGAAAUAUGAAGAUGCUCAGUAUCAGCGUACUUUGUUAACGACUCCCACUUCAGGUACCACCGAAUCUGGUAUAGAAAUGAAGGAUACAGCCAUAGCUGGUAAACCCUCUGAUGAUAUACAGAUUCUUCGCGAUUUAAUUAUAAAAGAGAAAAAGAAACAACAUUUGGAAUGGCUGCAGAAAUUGUUAUUGGAAUGUUGUUAUGUCAAAUUGAUUUUGCGGAAAAAUCCCCUAAGGGAAGAUCAUCAGAAUUUAUCGGUGAUAAUGGAACCAGUUGCCUAUCAUUCAAUAUUCAAAAAUAAAUCCAUACCAGUUGUCCAAUGGAACACCGAUCAGGCCAAUACGAUGAUGUAUCAACCAUUUGUCCUGCUACUACACAAGUUGGGCUUUCAAUUGCCUGCCGAUGCGGGAUCGGUAUAUGCCAGAAUACCAGAAUUCUGGACUCCGGAAAUGAUGUUUGGUUUGGCAAAGAAAUUGGGACCAUUGGAAAAAUUGGUAAUUAAAUUCGAUGUCAACCAAUUCGAGGCUAAUGUGGGAGAAAUCACGGCCGAUUUGAAAACCAGAGAUGGAGGUGGACGUGGAAGUGUGGACUUGCCGGCCAGUAGUGGUGUACGCAACUCCUUGAGUUCGUUGUCCAGCCUGGAGGUGGAACUAAAUGAUAAUGACGAUCUGUCGACCAUACCGGAAAUAGAUGAUUCCUUUGAGAAGUCGUCACAGACCUGUGAAAUAUUUGCCGUGCCCAAGGCCAAGCAUAGUAAUUCGAUCAUAAGAUAUACACCCGACCCAACAUCUUUACCCUCGGUACCCAAUUGGCUGCAAUUGGUCAUACACAGCAAAUGCAAACAGAGUACCUCAGUAGCGGAUUCUGCUGCGGCCGCAGCUGCAGCCAGUUUGGCUAAUCUGGCCACUAACGCUUGGUAA